GGUCGCUGCUCGCUAGUAUCAGUUUCCCAUUCCAGCUGGAGCUGGACUAGAAUUUGUUCGCAUAUUGGUGUGUACGACUUGGAACUUAGAAUAGUGGAGCAUAGAAGUCGUGAAAGUGCUAUUCCGUUUUCCCUGAAAAUAAUACCCACUAAUACAACAUUAGCAGUGAAGCAACUAUAGAAGAGCAGUGUUUUGUUUUUGAGGAGAUUGAGAGAAAGAAAACGCUGAGGCCGCUCCCGUCUCGCAGCAGCAGAUUAUGGUCAGUCUGAUCAGAAACUUCGGCUCGAACACGUGUUCUUAUUUUGUUGAUUUUUCCUUUUCUGCGUUUGAUUGUGUGCUUUUGUAGGGAGGUCGAUUUUUCGAGGAUUCAACAAGGAUGGACGACAGUAACACGAUGCUGGACCCGAUUCUGGCCACCGAAGACGAUGAUGGCUUCCGGCCGCUGCGAACCGUGCCGGCGUUCAGCUUUCACUUGGUGGUGUCGAGCUGCAUUUCGCUGGCGGGAAUCAUCUUGGCCGCCACAUGGGAGGACAGUCAACGCUGUGAAGCGUACUUCAUUAUGCUAUACCUGAGAGCCGCCUUCUGGUUGAUCACCUACCUCUUUGACAACAUUGUCAAGAACCAUCACGAGAAGCUCCGUCUUGAUGGGUACCACGACUUCCAUCGGUCCACCGCUCAGCACAAGGCCGUCCCGCUGCAGAUCGUAUCGUUGUGGAAUACGUUCCUGCUAGCGAUCCAGACGCUGAUUCAGCACUACUAUGGCGAUAGCUUUGCCGAGAAGUGCGUCGUGGUGGGCUUCCUGUCGCCGAUUGUCUACAUUACGAUGUUCAGCUCGCUGGAGACGUUGGUGUUUUGCUUCGUCCAUGGUUCUUAUAUUGCCAAAGUAGUCCGCUUCAACCGGAUGGCGCCGCCGCCGGAUGCCCUGGAGGGAAGCCGAGGUCACAGCAGCGGUUCCCUCGGGCUGACCCAACGUGGCCUCAGCACGGCUGAACUGCUCGAAAAGCAAGCCGACCUGAUCAACUACCUGAAGGACCACAACCUCAAGCUGAACCAGAAGAUCAUGCAAAUGAACGCCCAGGUGCGGACGGUAACGUACCCGGCAUAGGGCGUUCGGCGGCCCUCUGUGUGUGUAAGGUAAGAUCGAUUUUACUCUUGAGCUUUUCCAUGCAGACGAAAUUUUGUUUUCUCCCUCGUUUUUUUGCCUUUCCGGGAGGGAAAUGAAACCAAAUUGGACUGAUCGUUUGUUAAGGUUGUAGUUAGGCGUUUACGAUUGUUUGGGAAAGUUCAAUGUACGGAUGAAAAAUGUUGAGGUUGGAAUGGGGGAACCUCAAGGGGAAGAUUUUGGAUUUUGGUUUGAAGAGCUCGGAUAACAUUUUACACAGUUUAGUAUCUGGAGGGAGAGGAAAUCGUUGUUUUGUUUUCGAACAAUAAAUAGUAGAAUGCAUUAUGUAAAUAGAGUAA